UCUCAACAAAUUUCAGUUAAAAAAAAAAAUGGCUGCCAUGAAAAUUCCCUCUUCAUUUCUGAUUCUCAUUCUAAUAACACUCUUCCACUCUCCGGCGAGCCUCGACGCCGGUUCGACCUUCGACGUGCAGUCAUUUGGGGCUAAACCCGACGGCGAAUCCGACUCCACAAAGGCCUUUUUAAGCGCAUGGCACGCCGCAUGUGGUGCCGCCUCCCCGGCCACAAUGUAUGUCCCGCCGGGGAGAUACUUGCUCUACAAUGUCUACUUUUCGGGGGAGUCGUGCAAGAGUAAUUCGGUGAUGAUACGUAUUGAUGGCACGUUGGUCGCGCCGUUGGAUUACGAUAUUGUCGGGAAAGUUGGCAAGUGGUUGCAGUUCGAGAAGGUUUCUGGAGUUUCGAUAAGUGGCGGAACCCUAGACGGCCGGGGGACGGCUUUGUGGGCUUGUAAGGAGGCCGGGAAGAGUUGCCCUAAAGGAGCCACGUCGUUGGCUUUCUACAACUCCGACAACAUAGUGAUCACCGGAUUGACCUCGUUGAAUAGCCAAAUGUUUCACAUUUUGAUCGAUGGAUGCCAAAAUGUUAAUCUUGUUGGCACGAGGAUCUCGGCCUCGGGGAACAGCCCGAACACGGAUGGCAUCCAUGUCGAGCAUUCAUCGGGUGUUACUAUUAUGAACUCUCGCGUUGGCACCGGGGAUGAUUGUGUUUCCAUUGGCCCUGGAACCUCCAAUUUGUGGAUCGAAAAUCUGGCUUGUGGCCCCGGCCACGGCGUAAGUAUCGGAAGUCUCGGUUGGGACUCGCAAGAAGCGGGAGUGCAAAACGUGACGCUCAAGACGGCGACCUUCACAGGGACUCAAAACGGCGUGAGGGUCAAGACAUGGGCGAGGCCGAGCAAUGGAUUCGUUAGGGAUGUCCUAUUUCAACACCUCGUCAUCGACAAUGUCCAAAACCCUAUCAUCAUCGACCAAGACUAUUGUCCGAACCACGAAGAGUGCCCUCACCAAGGAUCCGGCGUGAAGAUAAGCGACAUUACUUACCAAGACAUUCACGGGACAUCGGCUACCCAAGUUGCCGUCAAAUUCGAUUGUAGCAAGACGAAGCCGUGUAGUGGAAUUACGAUGGAGGGGGUCGAUCUAACCUACAAAAACAAACCGGCGACGGCUUCUUGCGCCAACGCCGGAGGGAAAACGAGCGGCGCCGUCGAGCCUAUGAGCUGCCUAUAAGUAUAGGUACAUAGAUGAAGAUCGACUUAUACUUAGUUUCUAUCGAUUAUUCAUACUCAAAAGAUAUAUGAUAAGAAUACUCAUGAAAAUAUUUACAUAUAUAUAUACAUAUUCUUUACAAAUGAAGCUUGGGAGCUUUAUUUCGUAUAAAUUAUCGUAUGUAGCCAUAGCCACACAUAUAUAAUACGUAUGUAUAUGUAGAGAGAGAUAUAUCGACCAAAAAGGAAUGUUGUGUUGUUAUUUGUUCAU